UUUAGUGAGAGUGAGCACGACGAUCCAGAAGAGAGAGAAACUGUGCCGGGAGAGAGAGCGAGUUUCUCUCCUCUCUCCCCUGUCAUCGGCACCCAAAGACAUCACUAUAAAAGUCCUCUUUUACCGCUCCCAUUCUGCAACUCCUCUGUCUUUCUCCCUCGAUCUUUCCUUACUCCCUUAGAGGGAAGGCAAAUCGCUAACGUUAACGAUGCGGAUAUGGGUCUUCCCGGCCAUUGUCUUCCUCCUCUUGAUGCUUCACAUUUCCUCCGCCUACGGCGAAGGAGAUGCUGAUGCCCUCCUUGCCAUCAAGUCCACCUUCACCGACCCCCAGGACUCGCUCGCCUCAUGGUCGCCUUCCUCCACCACCUCCGUCUGUCUGUGGGCUGGCGUUGCCUGCGAACCCUCCACCGGUCGUGUCGCCUCCCUCGACCUCACCAACAUGUCCCUCUCGGGCACCAUCUCGCCUGAGAUUGGCCGCCUCCAUCACCUCGUCAACCUCUCCCUCGCCGCGAACCAGCUCACUGGCGCCAUUCCGGAGGAGCUUGGCCAGCUUGCGUUCCUUCGCUACUUAAACCUCUCGAACAACGUCCUUAACGGCUCAUUCCCCUCCCGUCUCUGCCGUCUUCGCCUCCUCCACAUCCUCGACUUCUACAACAACAACCUCACCGGACCCCUACCCAUCGGCGCUCCCCGAAUGGUCUCCCUCCGCCACCUCCACCUCGGGGGCAACUUCUUCUCCGGCGAGAUACCUUCGGCAUAUGGCACGUGGCCGCAGCUGGAGUACCUCGCCCUCUCCGGCAACGAGCUCACGGGUCGGAUCCCGACUGAGCUCGGCAACCUCACGGAGCUCCGCGAGCUCUACAUUGGUUACUUCAACGCGUUCGACGGCGGCAUUCCUUCGGAGCUGGGCCGCCUGCAUAAGCUCGUCCGCCUUGACAUGGCUAGCUGCGGCCUCUCCGGCCCAAUCCCGCCGGAGAUCGGCCGAUUGAUGUCCCUUGACACGCUAUUCCUCCAGGUGAACAAUCUCGACGGCGAGUUGACGCCGGAGCUCGGUGACCUCGGAGCCCUCAAGUCGCUCGAUCUUUCCAACAAUGCCUUCUCCGGCGAGAUCCCGACGGAGUUCGCGCGGCUACGAUCCCUCACCCUGCUGAAUCUCUUCCGUAACCGCCUUUCCGGUGGGAUACCGGACUUCCUGGCCGACCUGCCGGAACUGGAGGUUUUGCAACUUUGGGAGAAUAACUUCACGGGAGCGAUCCCGUCAGAGCUCGGUCGGAGCGGCAACCUCGUCCUCCUCGACCUCUCCUCCAACAAGCUCACCGGAAGCAUCCCGCUGAAGCUCUGUUUCGGUAACCGCCUCGAAACGCUCAUCCUCCUCAGUAACUUCUUUUAUGGCCCCGUCCCGGCGGAGCUCGGGAAAUGCCAAUCCCUCAACCGACUAAGGAUGGGCGACAACUUCCUAAACGGGACGAUCCCUGAGGGCUUCCUCUCUCUCCCCAACCUGGUCCAGGUAGAGCUUCAGAACAACUAUCUCUCCGGCGGACUCCCCGUCCCUCCGGCCGCCUCGCCAGCCCUUGGCCAACUCAGCCUGUCCAACAACCGCCUCGUUGGCCCACUCCUCCCGGCGAUCGGGGGCUUCUCGUCUCUCCAGAAGCUUCUCCUAGACGGGAACUCCUUCUCCGGCUCCAUUCCGCCUGAGAUUGGCCGGCUUCAGCAGCUCUCGAAGCUCGACCUGAGCUCCAACCGUCUCUCGGGUUCGAUCCCCUCGCAGAUCGGCCGCUGCCGGCUGCUCUCCUUCUUUGAUCUCAGCGGGAACAAUCUCUCCGGCUCCAUCCCGACGGAGAUCACGGGCAUGCGAAUACUGAACUACCUCAACUUGUCCCGUAACCACCUCGUGGGCGGCAUCCCUGCGGGAAUCCAGUCAAUGCAGAGCUUGACCUCCGUUGACUUCUCCUUCAACAACCUCUCCGGCGAGGUCCCGGCUACUGGGCAGUUCUCAUACUUCAACGCGAGCUCGUUCGUGGGAAACCCGGGGCUGUGCGGGCCGUUGGUGGGAAUCUGCGAGUACGCUGCCGGACGCGGAAGCGCUAGUAGUGGGAGAGGCCAAGUUGGUGGAGGCCCCGCGGUGUCGCGAUUGGUGUUAGUGGUCGGCUUGCUGGUGUGCAGCGUCGCCUUCGCUGUGGCUGCGGUGGUGAAGGCUCGGGCUCUCCGGCGGGCAAGCCGUGCCAGGGCAUGGAAGAUGACCGCGUUCCAGCGGCUCGACUUCACAGUGGACGACGUCCUUGGCUGCCUCCAGGAGCGGAACAUGAUAGGCAAAGGCGGCGCAGGCAUCGUCUACAAAGGUGUAAUGCCUAAUGGAGAUCAAGUUGCUGUGAAACGGUUGCCACCAAUGACAAGGAGCUCAUCUCAUGACCAUGGCUUCUCUGCUGAGAUUCAGACACUGGGGAGCAUACGCCAUCGCCAUAUUGUUCGACUGCUGGGCUUCUGCACUAACAAAGAAACCAACCUUCUAGUAUAUGAGUACUUGCCUAAUGGAAGCCUGGGUGAAAUGCUUCACGGGAAGAAAGGCAGCCAUCUAGAGUGGACCACUAGAUGCAAAAUAGCUAUGGAAGCUGCAAAGGGCCUGUGCUAUCUCCACCAUGAUUGUUCACCACUAAUUGUCCAUCGUGAUGUUAAGUCCAACAACAUUCUUCUGGAUUCAAACUUUGAAGCUCAUGUCGCUGAUUUUGGGCUUGCCAAAUUCUUGCAAGACUCUGGCACCUCUGAAUGUAUGUCUGCCAUCGCUGGUUCGUAUGGAUACAUUGCUCCAGAGUACGCGUAUACGCUCAAGGUUGAUGAGAAAAGUGAUGUCUACAGCUUUGGGGUUGUGCUGCUGGAACUGAUCACUGGAAAAAAGCCAGUGGGAGAGUUUGGUGAUGGUGUUGACAUUGUUCAGUGGGUGAAGAACGCCACAAAUUCAGCUAAAGAAAAGGUUGGAAAGAUAUUGGACACUAGAAUCUCUGGUGUGCCUUUGAACCAGGCCAUGCACAUUUUCUAUAUUGCCAUGUUGUGCGUCCAAGAACAGAGCAUUGCACGACCUACAAUGCGUGAAGUAGUGCAAAUCCUCUCAGAGCUCCCAGAUUCUGAUAACGGUAGUGAUAGCUCAAACUUUUCACUGGAGGAAGCGGUGAAAGACUCCAAAUGUCGGCAGCAUCAACAGCAGGUCAACUUCUCUUAGGGAAAGCUUCGAGUGUCUUACUGGCUGUCAUUAGUUUCUAGGUUGGUUUUGUACAGUUGUCUGGUUGGAAUGAUCAGAGUUGUUCCGUUUUUGGUGCCUUUAUUUUGUAACCUUUGAGCACAAGGAAAAUAUCAAACCGCUCAUGCUUUUUUUCUGUAUCAGAUAUAUUCUAAUUGGGGGAUAGCUGGCUAGGUGUAGUUGGUCUUAGGAACUAAUGGAAACUAAUUUGUUUUGCUCAA